AUGCUGCCGGCCAUCCACGUCCCGACGUCCGCCGCGGGCCUCGGCAUCGCCGCGGUGCAGUGCCUCAACCUCGCGUCGUGCUUCAACGAGGCAAGUUCGCCCGCGCCCUACAGCAAGUUCGCGGCCGCGGUGCCGGAGAAGCAGGCGCUCGUGUCGAGCCGCACGGGCAUGUUCGUCAUCUACGCGCCCGCCCUGGUCGUCUCGUCGAUCGCGCUCGCGACGGCACCCGCGGCGAACGGCCGCGAGGCGCUCGUCGCGGCCCUGCUCGCGGCCCACAUGCUCAAGCGCUGCCUCGAGGUCGCCUUCGUCCACGCCUACUCGGGUCGGGUGGCGCUGUCGCUGUCGUGCGCGAUCGGCUCGUUCUACGCGCUCGUCUGUUUGUUGAUCACGGCGACGCAGCGCGGCGUGCCCCACUACGCCGGCGCGCCCGUCGCCGCUCUCUGCCUCUACGCCGUCGGCGAGCUCGGCAACCUCUACCACCACGUGCUCCUCGCGAAGCAGCGCGCAGGGCAGCAAAAGAGAGCGAAAUUCCCAACUUCAAAGGCUCCUAUCUCGGCCCGCGGCGGCUCGUCCGACUACGUCGUCCCGACCGGCGCGGGCUUCGACCUGUGCACCAUGCCCCACUACCUCUUCGAGAUCGUCGCCUGGCUCGGCGUCGCCGCCGCGGCGGGCCAGCUCAACGCCUACCUCGUCGCGCUCGGCAUGGCGUCCUACCUCGGCGGCCGCGCCGUGGCGACGACGCGGUGGUACGAGGCCAAGUUCGGCGCCAAGUGGCCCAAGGGCCGCGCCCACCUCGUCCCCGGGGUCUUCUAG